AUGCUGCAGCUCAUAGCGAGCUUGGAAGGCCACAGUGAUCGUGCAUGGGCGGUUGCGUGGAAUCCGACUCGUCCUAUCCUCGCAUCCUGCUCCGGCGAUAAGACGGUGCGGCUCUACGCCUUUUCGCCCGACUGGUCUGGCCAUCUGCUCCACUCGCAAGAGGCUGACCAUGCGGGGGCACCACCUCAGCCUGCAAGCAAACGCAGGAUAGCCUAUCGCUUCAAUCUGCUCAACACCAUUCAGACCGGCCAUUCUCGCACCGUACGCAAUAUCGCAUGGCAUCCCCAGGGGAGGUCACUUGCGACAGCUUCAUUCGACACGACGGUCUCUAUCUGGGAGGAGAUCGAUCAGGAUGCAGUGAAUGACGAGUCAGAUGGUCGCGCGGGUGGCCAGCUGAGAGAUGAGGAGGACGAAGCGGUAGACAAGGAUUGGGAGUGUGUCAGCACGCUCGAGGGUCACGAGAGCGAAGUCAAGGCCGUGCGGUGGAACAGCGAUGGCAAUCUCAUCGCAACAAGCGGGCGUGAUAAAUCAGUUUGGGUCUGGGAAUCCACGCCUAGCUUCGAUUUUGAGUGCUUGGCAGUCCUGAUGGAUCACUCGCAGGAUGUAAAGAACAUCGCCUGGCACCCCAAAGAGGAAUUGCUCGCAUCUGCAUCUUACGAUGAUACCAUCCUGAUGUACGCAGCAUCAGAAGACGAUGACGAGUGGCUUGUAUGUCAUACGCUCAGAGGCCAUACAUCAACGGUAUGGUCACUUGCGUUCUCGCCCGAUGGCGACUACCUCGCUACCGUCUCGGACGAUCGCUCCCUCAGAAUUUGGCAUCGCACACGAAUCACGAACACGGGUCUGAGCUCAGCCUUUCGAGUGGGCAGGAGUGAGAAAGAGAAGUGGACGUGCGUCAAGGUCAUCGACGAAGCUCACGAGCGAUGCAUCUACUCUGUGGACUGGACUGCCACCUCAUCUGCAGCAACCAGUGGCUCAAAAUCGCUUGGCAUUCUCGCUACAGGAGGCGGCGAUGGACGAAUAGCGAUAUGGCGUGCAUCAUCGACCGGCAAAGGUGAAGAAACCGUCUGUCACGUCGACCUCGCAGAUAGCAUAGAGCAAGCACACGGCGUCUCAGACGUCAACGCAGUAUCGUUCUGCCGCUUCCAGCCUAGCAAGACGAGGAGACGAGAUGCAUCCAGUGACGAAGACUCGGAUGACGAACCACAGUCAGACCAUGAUGCCCGUUGGCCGGGUGUGCAUCUCUUGCUUGCCAGUGCCGGUGACGACGGCAGCGUCCAUGUCUACCAAUGCGAGGACUAG